AUGGGAAAUAAUUAUCCUGAGGGCGAAAAAUUUUUUGGAUUAGUUAAUAAAGAUAAUAUAUGUUAUUCGAAUUCGAUUUUUCAAGCACUUUAUAAUUGCGAAUUGUUUCGAAAUCAAAUCUUAAAUUAUAAUAGCAAGCCCAAUGAAUAUAAUAUAAUUGUCAUUGUUUAAGAAAUAUUUUAAUAAAUAGCAAAUAAUAAAAAAAAGACGGGUAUAUGCAAUACUAAUAAAAUCAUGAAAUAUGUAAGAGAUAGUAACCCUGAUUUUAGAGGAGACAGUCAUUAAGAUUGCCAUGAGUUUAGUAUUUGGCUUUUAAAUUAAAUAAAUGAUAUAAUAAAUAAACCAUAUAUUAAAACAAAGGAAAAUCCAAAUCCUUUAGAAUAAAAAUAAGCUUCAUGGCUGGAAGAUAUUUUUGGAGGAAUUUUAACUACAUAAACUUAAUGUAAUAAUUGUAAAACUGUUACAGAAAGGGAUGAGGCAUUUUUAGAUAUUUCUAUAGAUAUUGAUUAUAAUUCAUCCAUUAGUCAUUGCAUAAAAAAAAUUUCGGAAAAAGAAGUAUUAAAUUAAGAAUGCAAAUUUUUUUGUGAUAAAUGCUAAACUAAAUAGGAUGCGGAAAAAAGAAGUUUAUUUAAAAAAUUACCAAAAACACUUAUAUUGCAUUUAAAAAGAUUUAAAUAUGAUGAAAAAUAUAAUCGGAUGUAAAAAUUAAUGCAUAAAAUUGCUUUUCCUUUAGAUAUUAAAAUUUCUACA